GCAUCCUUUCUUUCCGGUUGUCAAAAAGUGUAGAGACGACUGAUCUAGUUAAAAAUGGCCGACGUUGAUGUUGAUGUGCCCUCCGCCGCUCCAGUAAUUGGAGACAAAAUGGACAUAAAUACCGCUCUGCAAGAGGUGUUGAAGAAGUCUCUGAUCGCUGAUGGUUUGGUUCAUGGCAUCCACCAAGCAUGCAAAGCUUUGGACAAACGCCAAGCCGUUCUAUGCAUCCUCGCCGAUUCAAUGGAUGUCGACUUGUACAAGAAACUUGUAACAGCACUCUGCCACGAACAUCAAAUUCCACUUAUCCGUGUGGAUUCGCACAAGAAAUUGGGUGAAUGGUCUGGACUUUGCAAGAUUGACAAAGAAGGCAAACCACGUAAAGUUAGCGGAUGCGCUGUUGUGGUUAUUAAGGAUUUCGGAGAGGAGACGCCUGCCUUGGAUGUUGUGAAAGAACAUCUGCGUCAAAAUAGCUAAAUGCGCUGUGCGUAUUUUAGUUUUUAAUAACGUGCAUAAAAUAUAGUGUUUUGCGGCGGUCAAGGAUUGCAAAAUAUAAAAGCCGUGUGUUUUGGGCAGUAAAAUCCUUUUAUAAAUAAAAAACUAAAGUACAUAUAAA